AUGUCAGUAACCUUUCAUACAACACACGGCGAAUUAAAAAUAGAAGUACAUUGUGAUAAAACACCAUUAUCAGCAAAAAAUUUCCUUGCCUUAUGUGCUAGAGGUGAUUAUAAUAAUACAAUAUUUCAUAGAUGUAUCAGAGGAUUUAUAAUAUAAGGAGGAGAUCCAACCAAUACAGGAAAAGGAGGGGAUAGUAUAUACAUAGAUAAAUAUUUUAAAGAUGAAAUAAUGCCCGAUUUAAAGCAUGAUAAAAGAGGAGUUGUUAGUAUGGCAAAUAGUGGACCAAAUACAAAUGCUUCAUAAUUUUUUAUUACUUUUUCAAAAUAAAAUCAUUUAAAUGGAUCAUAUACUGUUUUUGGUAAGGUAAUUGAUGGUUGGGAAUGCUUAGAUUUGAUGGAAAAGGAACCUGUUGAUGGUAAUGAUAAACCUUUAAACGAAAUUAAAAUACAUAAGGUUACUAUUCAUGCAAAUCCUAUUGCAGAAAUAGAAUAAGAAUGA